AUGCCCCCAAAGAACCCCGCCGAGAAGAAGCCCGCCGUAACUGGUGGUAAGGCCCCAGCUACUAAAACACCUGCUGAUAAAAAAAAGGUGGCCGCUGCUUCUGGUGAUAAGGUCAAGAAGAAGAAAACGAGAAAGGAAACAUAUUCGAGCUACAUCUAUAAGGUCUUGAAGCAAGUGCAUCCUGAUACCGGUAUUUCGAACAAGGCCAUGUCGAUCAUGAACUCCUUUGUCAAUGAUAUUUUUGAACGUAUCGCUGCAGAAGCUUCUAAGCUCGCUGCGUACAAUAAAAGAUCAACUAUCUCGUCCAGGGAAAUUCAAACAGCUGUCAGGCUCAUCCUUCCUGGCGAGUUGGCGAAGCACGCUGUAUCUGAAGGCACUAAAGCUGUUACCAAGUACACUAGCUCCAAGUAA